CACAAUUUAUAUAACAAAAAAGUAAAUUUUUUUGUUCUUAUUUCGGUUGCUGAUUUCCUCUCCAUCGGCGAGAUCCGCAUUGGGCCUUCUCCGAUCUUUGCAAGAUGGAAUCCGCCGGAGAGAAUCUCGGAGGGCUGAGCAUCGCCGGUGGCUGGAUCUCGUCAUCCCCGAAUCUCGACAAGAAUCUCGGAAUUCUCUCCGCCGAGGAGAUUGCACUUGCAAAGAUGCUAUUAGAUAAGGGGCAAAAGCAUUUGUUUGAUCAUUGGCCAGAGCCAGGUGUGGAUGAUACAAGGAAAAAGAAUUUUUUACAUCAGGUUGCUCGACUUAAUUCAAGCUAUCCUGGUGGUUUGGUAUCAUAUAUUCAAAAUGCGAGAAAACUUUUGGCUGAUUCAAAAGCUGGGAAAAAUCCAUAUGAUGGGUUCACUCCUUCCGUUCCAUCAGGAGAAAUUCUGACAUUUGGUGAUGAGAAAUUUACCUUGUUGGAAGAGACUGGUGUGCGAGAAUCUAGGAAAGCUGCCUUUGUACUUGUGGCUGGUGGGCUCGGGGAACGACUUGGCUACAAAGGAAUUAAAUUGGCCCUUCCUUCUGAAACUACAACAAACAGAUGUUUCCUUCAAUACUACAUUGAGUCUAUUCUGGCAUUGCAAGAGGCUAGCUGUAGAACAGUACAAGGUCAUGGUGAAGCUGAAAUUCCUCUGGUGAUAAUGACAUCUGAUGACACUCAUGCGCCAACAUUAUCACUUUUAGAAGCAAAUUAUUAUUUUGGAAUGAAAAGCUCUCAAGUGAAACUUCUUAAACAGGAAAAAGUAGCAUGCUUAAAUGAUAAUGACGCAAGACUUGCAUUGGACCCAAAUGACAGCUACAAAAUUCAGACAAAACCACAUGGUCAUGGUGAUGUGCACACACUUCUUUUCUCGAGUGGUCUACUUAACCUCUGGCAUAGAGCAGAUAUUAGAUGGGUUCUGUUUUUUCAAGAUACCAAUGGAUUACUAUUUAAGGGUAUUCCUGCUUCAUUGGGUGUCAGCGCAACCCGAGGAUAUCAAGUCAAUUCUCUUGCAGUCCCCAGAAAGGCAAAAGAAGCUAUGGGAGGGAUAGCCCAACUUACUCAUACGGAUGGUACAAAAAUGGUAAUUAAUGUGGAGUAUAAUCAGUUGGGCCCCUUACUAAGAGCGACUGGGCAUGCUGAUGGAGAUGUAAACUGUGAGACUGGAUUUUCUCCUUUCCCUGGAAACAUAAACCAGCUUAUUUUGGAGCUUGAACCAUACAUACAGGAGCUUAGCAAAACGCGAGGUGCUAUUGCUGAAUUUGUUAAUCCCAAAUACAAAGAUUCAAGCAAGACAUCCUUUAAGUCCUCAACGCGUUUGGAAUGUAUGAUGCAAGAUUAUCCAAAAUCUCUUCCUGCAUCAGCGAAGAUUGGAUUCACUGUAGUGGAUAAAUGGCUUGCUUAUGCACCAGUAAAAAAUAACCCCGAAGAUGCUUCCAAGGUGCCGAAAGGAAACCCAUACCAUAGUGCGACAAGUGGAGAGAUGGCUGUUUAUAGAGCGAAUUGUCUCAUGCUAAAAAAGGCUGGAGUCCUUGUAGCUGAUCCCAUUAUUGACAUCUUCAAUGGUCAGGAGGUGGAAGUGUGGCCCCGCGUCACAUGGAGUCCGAAGUGGGCCUCAACAUUCACAGAUGUAAUAUGGAAAGUCGGCAAAGGAUGCUCCAUUUCCCAGAGAUCUACCUUGGUCAUCAAUGGCCAGAACAUAGUCCUUGAUGGCCUCCGCUUGGACGGAACUCUUGUCAUCACUGCUAACGAUCAAGCUGAUGUCAAAGUGACAGGACAUGUUCAAAACAAAGGAUGGACUAUUGAGCAUGUUGAUUACAAAGACAACUCAAUUCCUCAGGAAAUCCGGAUAAGAGGCUUUAAGAUUUACAAAAUCGAGCAGUUGGAGUUGAACUACAUGGAAUCAGGGAAAUUUCAAUUCAAACCCUGAACAAGAUUUUGAAGGAGCUGAACGAGUUAAAGAAGAAGAGGACCAGAAUAAUAGUCAGAGAAAGGAAGGCAGAAGAAGAAGACAUUUGGCAGUGCCUCAUUCACUUGGACCUUUCUGCAACAAGCCAACAAACAACAAUGGAGUUCUGGACCAGACAGAGAGAGAUGGCUGCUCACCAUUAAACUAAUCCCUGUAAAACCUUGGAGCAUUGCACAAUACUGGACAGUGAUGUCUAUCUGCUUUCUCCUCAUGUUCAUCUGCACAUUAUUCCUCCUCUUCUUUUUGGGGGAGUUUGACUUUGGUCAGAAAGUUCUUUGUUUCCAUCAUUUGUGAUGAACUCAGAGUUGACAUAAAGAGAUAAGAUAAGGCUAUUAGUUCUUUU